UUUGAGAGAGAGGUUGGCAUCCCCACCCCCACCCCACACACACGGAAAGUGUGGGUGUGGGUGUGGGUGUGCUUGUGUGUUUUAGAGAGAGAGAGAGAGAGAGAGAGAGAGAGAGAGAGAGAGAGAGAGAGAGAGAGAGAGAGAGAGAGAGAGAGAGAGGUGCAUUAUACUGCGCGGUUUAGUUGAGGUUGUUCCUAUCUGAGAAUUUCGUCCUCGCUGGUCCGCGGGAAUGGGGGCUGCUGCCAGCCAGCCCUGCUGCGGUUCUGAUAACUCUCUUGGGGUCACUUCCUCUCUUAGUUGCGCUUGCAAAGGGGGCCACUUUAAUUGCCUUGGCCGUCCUUCCGAUAUUAACAAGGGCCUCGGCGGCCGAGGUGAUAGGAGGAAGGGCGGAGUACGAGGAAGAGGACGAGGAAGAGGACGCGGAGGAGAAGGAGGAGGAGGAGGAGGAGGAAGAGCCAUAGCCAUGGCUCGUACAAGUUGCCUUCACGCGGACGACUCGUCAGCCGCUGCUCCUGCUUCUUCUGCCACGCGCGGUGCUGCCACUUCUGCCUCUGCGCCUGUCUCUCCUCUUAACAAGUCUGACGACCCCUCAUCCUCAACCCCUGGUCAAGCUCAUCCCGCUGGCAAUCCCAACAACCCCUCCUCCCUUCACGCCUCCCCCCGUGAUGGCAGUUUUGCUGUUGCCGCCAAGUCCUCACGCGAUGCCGCGUCAGCUCUCUCCACUCUCUCCUCCUCCCAUCCCCACUCUUCGUCGUCUAGAAAAAAGGACGCGGCGAACAUUAGAGUGUAUUAUGACUAUGACAGGCUGACGGGCAGGAACAUGCGCAGAUUCGAAAAUCUGUUCUACGACAGACUGCUGAGAAGGCACUUGCCGGAAAUGGGCCCUCUUGCAACGCGAGCAAUCAUCAACGCCAUUCGAUCAUCAUCACCCUUGUGCAAUUCAAGUGCCACGUCAGGAAUGCAUGGGGAUACCGACGGCGUGAGCAGCGUCCACGUGGCGACGGACCGCCGGGCAGCGUCAUCAUCAUCAGCGGGAACAACAAUCUCAGCAGCAGCAGCAGCAGCAGCAGGAGGAGGAGGAGGAGAAAGAGGAGAAAGAGGAGGAGAAAGAGGAGGAGAAAGAGAAGGAGAAAGAGGAGAAAGAGGAGAAGGAGGAGGAGGAGGAGGGGAAGGAGGGGGUGAUACGCAAAUCACAAGUCUUCCUGAGAGUUUAAUUAGUGAGGUGUUGGGGAGAUUGGGAGCGGUAAGCGAUCUUCGGCGCGCAGCGAGAGUAUGCUCACUUUUUGCGCGCGCUUCUCGAUCUAAUCUGACGUGGCAGCACUUCGUCCCUCCUGGUUAUCAUCGCAUAUGCCGUCUUCAUCCUGCUCCUGUACGCAACUCUGUCAUCAGUCGAGACAUGUUAAUGCUGAGCUAUGUCCGACUCGUUGACGGGUUCUUCGAUUGCGUUAGACCGCACAUUCACUACCACGUGGACAAAACGACGAACGCCUUGUCGGUGAACUUCUGCGCUACGCAAAUGGACGUCCAAACUGCUCAGAACUUUCACCAGAACUCUCAUCGCCGUGGCGAGCGCGUUAAAGAACCGUUCUGUGGACUUAUAUCAAUCAGGGACAGUCCGUUUCAGGAAGGGAUCGAGCUGGUGUGCUUGAGGCGGGGACGGUUCCACGUCAGCGGGCUGAUGACGUGCGCGCUGCCACGUGGCAGGUACGUCUGCACGUGGACGUGUGCAUGGCGGUACAACCUGGUCCAGUGGUCGCGGGAGGUCAAGUGCCGAAGCAUCGUGCAGCCGAUCGGCGGACCGGUCGUUGCCCGUACUUUUUCCAACGGUCAGGAUCCCGUCGGGCUUUAUCCCAGGCUGACAGAGGUGAGGGUCGGGGUAAUCAAUGUUGAGGGUCAGUCUGGCAGACGUGAUCAGAAGAAGAAGAAGCAUGGCUAUCGAGGAGGAGGUGAUGGAUUUGGUCGGCGCCAUUGGCCAAGUGACGAGGAGGAGAAGCAGGUGGGAGAGAAGGGAGAGAAGGGGGAGGAGGAGGAGGACGAGAAGGCGGGAGUGGUACGAACCGUGAUUAGGUUCCGAUUGGUGAUCAAUAAAGACGAGUUUGUAAUUGGAAGUUUUGGGGUGCGAUCUGCAAAGGGAGAAGAGGAGGAGGAAGAUCGAAGGCAGCAGUUGCAGCAGCUGGAGGGUGCAGAUGAGGAAGGGGAGGAGGAGGAGGUGAUAGAGGAGUGAUAGAAAGCCCACGUCACUGGGGUUGUUCUGAUGAUAGACUGCUACUAAACACGCAGUCAUUGACAAGUAUUAGCAGCACUCGCUGGUCCCUCACGCGGAGGAGGAGGAGGAAGAGGAGGAAGAAGAAGAAGAAGAAAAGGACGAAGAGUUGUGUGUGUUUGUGCGCGCGCGUGUAUAGGGUAAAUGAAGAAAAGUCAUCUGCAUGAGGAGGGGUUGCAGACGAAGGGUUGGGAGACUUAGUAGUUAAGGAGAGAGGAAGGAGGAAGAGGCGGAGACGGAGGAGGAGGAGGAGGAGGAGGGUCAUAGGUUCGUCCUGCCCUCGACGUUGAGCGCGGCAGCACGCUUAUGACCAGAACGUUUCACGUAAUCAGUUGGAACAAUGUCAUGGGAAAGAUAAAUAGGCGCCGAGCAAGUGGAAGGAGUCGCAGGAAGGGAACUUCAAGGAGUAUUAGAAGAAGAGAAGUAGGAGGAGGAGCAGCAGCAGCAGCUGCAGUGGUGAAGAAGAAGAAGAAGACAAGCUGGAUCAAGAGUGGAGGACGAGAAGCAGAAAGAGAGGAAGAGGAGGAGGAGGAGGAGGAGGAGGAGGAGGAGGAGGAAUGGUAGCUGUAGGAGGGCAAUGUGCAGAAGCAAUUUUUAUAGAAGUAGUAGCAUUAGAAGGAUUCGAAGAGAAGAGGUGAUGCAGAGGGAAGUAGUAGUCUUCGGCUAUGGCUUCGGUGUGAAAUGAGAGAGAAGGGGAGAAAGAAGCAACGGCGAUGGAUGAAAGGGCAUGAGAGAGAAGGAGAGAACGAUGCGACGGCGAUGAAUGAAAAAGGGAAAAACCGAAGAAGAAGAGGACCCGGGAGAGGAGAGGCAAGACUCUCGGAAAGCGGUCAGGAGUCGAGGAGUAAGAAUAUUUAUAUUUCUAUAUUUCUCUCCUUCCAUUACCGCUAGUAGUCGGGACCCCAAACGCGGUAUAUGGAUAUUAUGGAUAAGGAUCUUCUGUCCUCUUUUUCAAGAAUUCGGUUCGGUUUUCCCCUAGUCAACCGCCUCCUCUUCUUCGAACUUUUUCCGUUUCAGAAUCUUUUUCCGUUCCAGAAUUUUUAUUUUUAUUUUUUGUGUGUGUGUCUUAGUAGUGGGCUCUUCUUACAUUUGAUGACCAGUUGCAGAUCGAAUAAUACACAGUUUUUUUGGGAUACUUGUUACUUUUUCCUGUGGGAGUUUUGCGCAACUUCUGCACUUGUGGAGAGGCGACCGGUAUACCCCGGAACGACGUAUAGCGGGCAAGCAAGCCGUCCGUUAGCUUAUCUACCGGUUUCCGUUAGCGUCUGUUUGUGUCCAUUAGCGUCCGUUUGUGUCCGUUUGCAUCUCUGCAUUUUGUCUUUGCGCGGGAGUGUACCCACGGGCGUGCGUCCAUCUUCCUCUGUGUGUGUGUGUGUGUGUGUGUGUGUGUGUGUGUGUGUGUGUGUGGCCCAUAACAGCGUUUAACGGCGCUUAACAGCGUU